AUGGCUACUGCAACUCCAUCCUAUCCCCAGCUUGCCCUGAGGCCUAAAGGGAAGCUUAUCCACGACAUAUACAAAGAUCGCCUCAAGCAAUUCACAGAUAAUGGCCAGUACAAACAGCAAGGCUUGCUGGCGAAGCUAUACGACGCACGUCUGGCCGGCGAGCCUCACGUGAAGCUGUCGGUCUGGGACGCUCCUCACCUCUCCCGCCCUACCUUCGACGAAGCCACGCGCAGCGACAAUGAAUACAAGAAGGCCGAGAAAGGCAUGUGGAUCGGUCCAAGUUGGAGCACACACUGGUUCAAGGUGCAAUUCACAGUACCUCACGACUGGAGCUACAAGGCUCUCGUCGAGCUGCAUUGGGAUGCCAGCUGCGAGGGCAUGGUCUGGACAUCGGAUGGAAAGCCUCUCCAGGGCCUUACCGGCAAUGGCGAGAGGAUUGAAUGGAUAGUUCCACAAUCAUACAGGAAUGGCAAAGAGCAGACAAUCUAUAUUGAAGCAGCAUGCAACGGCAUGUUUGGCAACCCUCCGGGCGGCGAUACCAUCCAAGCUCCAGCGCCUGACAAGUAUUUCCAACUGACGCAGGCCGACCUCGUCAGUGUCAAUGUCGAUGCGCGGGCGCUCUACUACGACUUCUGGAUCAUUGGAGACGCUGCGAGGGAGUUCCCCACAGACAGCUGGGAAGAGCACUAUGCUCUCCAAGUGUGCAACGAGAUCAUGGACUGCUUUAUUGCCGGCGAGGGCUCGAAUGCCUGCUUGAAAGAGUGCAGAGCCAUCGCGAAGAGAUAUCUUGGGGAGAAGAUCGACUCGUCCGAUGUCUACGAUUUGAGCAAGGACAAGGAUAUCUUGAUUGCCGGUAUCGGUCACUGCCACAUUGAUACGUGUUGGCUCUGGCCCUGGGCUGAGACCAAACGCAAGAUUGCCCGCAGUUGGUCGAAUCAGUGUGAUCUAUUGGAUCGAUACCCGGAGCAUCGCUUCUGCGCAUCCCAAGCUCAGCAGUACAAAUGGCUUGAGAAGUUCUACCCGUACGCCUACGAUCGUGUCAAGGAUCAUGUCAAGAAGGGUACAUUUCAACCUAUUGGUGGUAGCUGGGUCGAGCAUGACACCAAUCUGCCCUCAGGAGAGUCGCUUGUUCGCCAAUUUGUCUACGGUCAACGGUACUUCGAAUCGCGCUUCGGCGAGCGCUGCCGUACCUUCUGGCUGCCAGAUACCUUCGGAUACUCUUCGCAGAUCCCUCAGCUGUGCAGAUUGGCCGGCAUGAAUCGUUUCUUCACACAAAAAUUGAGCUGGAACAACAUCAACAACUUCCCGCACACGACUUUCAACUGGGUCAGCUUGGAUGGCAGCCAAGUCCUUUGCCACAUGGCUCCCUCAGAGACCUACACAGCAGAGGCACAUUUCGGAGAUGUCAAAAGAUCCGUGACUCAACACAAGUCCAUGGACCAAGACCCCACAUCUCUACUUGUGUUUGGUAAAGGAGACGGCGGCGGUGGACCCACCUUUGGACACAUUGAGAAGCUUCGGCGUUGUCGUGGCAUCAGCGACAAAGUCGGCCUUCUCCCUCGCGUGCAGAUGGGCUUUAGCGUGGAAGAUUUCUUCGACCGUCUAGAAAAGAAUGCAGCGACAGGAGUUACCGAGUUUGUAACCUGGUACGGUGAGCUGUACUUCGAACUCCAUCGUGGAACCUACACUACUCAGGCAAACAACAAGCGCAACAACAGACUCUCGGAAAUCUUGCUUCAUGACAUUGAGUACCUGGCUACCUUGGCCACGAUCAAGGGCGACGCCGGCUACAAGUACCCCAAGAAGGAGAUCGACCUGAUGUGGGAGAACGUGUUACUCUGCCAAUUCCAUGACUGCCUGCCUGGUUCUGCCAUCGAGAUGUGCUACGACGAUUCUGACGAAUGCUAUGCCAAAGUCUUUGAAGUUGGCAAGAAGGUUCUCAAGGAGGCUCUAGACGCUCUUGGUUUUAGAGACAAGAAGGAUGCCAAACCUGUUGCCCUCAACACGCUUGGCUGGCGACGAGAUGAGUUGACCAUGCAUAAGAAUGAGGCCGAGCUUAUCCACAGAGUUGACAUCCUCGGACAACCAGACCAUGUUAUGGCGAAUGCUACCGAUGACCUCCAUGUUGCCUCUGUGAGACAGCUCGAUGAUGGCGCCUUUUCACUGGAGAACUCCAAACUGCGGGUCAAGGUCUCUGAAGGCGUCAUCGUCUCCCUGUACGACAAAGAAGCUCGGCGUGAAGUGGUUCCUACAGGCGAAAAGGCCAAUCAGCUGGUCAUCUUCGACGACAAGCCACUCUACUGGCAAGCCUGGGAUGUCGAAGUCUUCCAUCUCAAUUCGCGAAGGGACCUCAAGCCAAGUAGCAGCACCGAAAUCACCGAGAACUCACCUUUCCGUGUGGCUGUCACCACGACGACCAAGAUCUCUGACAAAUCUUGGAUCAAGACUACGACUGCCCUGUCCGCUCUCACGGAUGACAACCAAACCUCGUACGUUGAGACCGAAGCGGAAGUCGAAUGGCACGAGACGAUGAAGUUCUUGAAGGUGGAAUUCCCCACCAACAUCAAGAACACCGAGGCUUCGUACGAGACGCAGUUCGGCAUUGUCAAGAGACCGACACACUACAAUACCAACUGGGACAUGGCCAAAUUCGAAGUUUGCUGUCAUAAAUGGGCCGACUUGUCCGAGCAUGGAUAUGGCGUCAGCGUUCUCAACGACAGCAAGUAUGGUUUCGCCACCGUCGGCAAUCUCAUGCGUCUCUCCCUCUUACGCGCCCCCAAGGCACCAGAUGCACACGCCGACAUGGGCCGCCACCACAUCAAAUGGGCCAUCCUUCCCCACGCCGGUCCGCUCGACCAACGCACCGUCCGGGCGGGCUUCAACUUCAACCACCCCAUGCAGGUCCACCGCCAUCCGGAUCCCGAAAGCCUCGCUCCCCUCUUGAGCGCUUUCAAACUCACCCCGGACUCGUCGCCCUCGCUCAUCGUCGACACGAUCAAGCGUGGCGAAGACGACGAGGACGCGAGUAACGGCGACAUGCCCCCGCGGAAAAAGGGAAGGCAUGUCAUCCUGCGGGUCUAUGAUUCUCUGGGGGGCACGAGUCGGGGCACGAUUGGGUUUGGGCCGGUGGAUGUGAAGCGGGCGUGGAAGGCGAAUCUGUUGGAGGAUGAGAUUGACGAGGUCGAUGUUGUUGCUGUUGUUACGAACGAGCAGGGAGGCGGAGAAGUCAAAGGAAUUGAGAUUGAAUUGAGGGCUUUUGAGGUUGCGACGUUCAAGCUUCUGUUGGCUUGA